UGUGCGGAUCCUGAGACGUGGGACGGAGACAUCUGGGACAGUGAUGAUAAUGAUGAACUGGAGGAAAAUUCUGAUUAUAUUUUGGCCCCAGAACCUAUACCUAUUCGACCAUUGAUUAAAACAGAAACCACUGAUGAGGGUGAAGAACAGGCUUGUACUAUUGUGCGAACCAUCCCAUGGUCUCUUGCUGAAUUGGUGAAAUUGCAGGAAAAAUAUUCCAGGCAUCCAGAGGAGCCUGAGAUGGAAUAUGUAUGUCGAGUCUCCCUCACCAGGGGAGACCGAAUCCUCUUAAAUGAGGAAGAAGCAAGAGGCUAUGAGGGCCCUGGAGUAUUCCUAACUACUACUCCGGGUGAUCAUAAUUACUUAUUAACUCUGCGGUCUGCUUAUUGGGCUGGCAGCAUAGACUUGCAAGACAGAGGAGAACCUCUUGUUAUAAAAACCUCAGGGUUCUCUGAUUUCGUGACAGCCAUACAAAAGGCUGCCUGCAUACAAGCAAUGCAUGAGAGGGAUGUGUUAAUAAGAUCCCCAAUGUUAGACCCCAUUGAUCCGAAAUGGUCUGGGAGUCUUAUCCUAGCCUCUUUAACUGGUGCUUUUGGGUCAUCUUUUCUGUACGGUUACAGUCUCUCGGUGGUGAACGCUCCUGCAGUGUAUAUCAAGAAGUUUUACAAUGAAACUUGGGAAAGAAGAUACGGCUUCUCCAUGGAUGAAAACACACUGACUCUCCUUUGGUCUAUAACUGUUUCUCUUUUUGCCAUUGGUGGCCUUAUGGGUGCCUUUAUUGCUACCCCAAUUCUGAAGUUCUUAGGACGGAAAUCUACAUUGCUGCUCAAUAAUGUGUUUGCGGUGACAGCUGGAUUGUUGAUGUCCCUCUCCUUGUUGGCAGGGUCAUUUGAAAUGCUCAUACUGGGUCGCAUUAUAAUGGGUGUUGAUGCAGGCAUUUCUCUGAGUGCCCUUCCCAUGUAUUUGAGUGAAAUAUCUCCUAAGGAAAUCCGUGGUUCACUGGGUCAGAUCACAGCAAUUUUCAUCUGUAUGGGUGUUUUCACUGGUCAAGUUUUGGGGCUGCCAGAAAUAUUUGGGCAAGAAUCUCGGUGGCCUUAUUUAUUUGGAGCAGUAAUUGUUCCUUCAUUGGUUCAAGUCAUGAUUCUGCCUUUUCUUCCUGAAAGUCCUCGUUACCUCCUACUUGAAAAACAUGACACGAGCAAGGCAGAAAAAGCAUUUCAGACCUUCCUUGGGAAAGAUGACGUGUCUCAGGAACUAGAAGAAGUUUUGGCAGAGUCUCGAGUCCAAAGAAACACCAAGUUAGUGUCAAUACUUCAGCUCCUGAGAACCCGCGCUGUGCGAUGGCAGGUCGUUACUGUGGUCGUCACCAUGGGCUGUUACCAGCUUUGUGGGCUAAAUGCUAUCUGGUACUACACAAACAACAUCUUUAGUGAAUCUGGGAUCAGUCGUGAAACAAUCCCCUAUGUUACUCUAAGUACCGGUGGUACUGAGAUUUUGGCUUCUGUUUUUUCUGGCUUAGUUAUUGAACGGCUCGGACGCCGGCCUCUUCUCAUCGGAGGUUUUGGGCUGAUGAUUAUCUUCUUUGCCGCACUUACUGUCUCUCUGACUUUACAGAAAACUGUGCAUUGGCUUCCUUACUUCAGUAUAUUUUGCAUCCUUGCAAUCAUUGCAUCGUUCUGCACUGGACCAGGUGGGAUUCCGUUUGUCCUCACUGGAGAGCUUUUCCAGCAGUCACAGAGACCAGCCGCUUUCAUGGUAGGUGGAACAGUCAACUGGCUCUCCAACUUCGCAGUCGGACUGCUCUUCCCUUUCAUUCAGCGUGGUUUACAGACGUACUGCUUCCUAGUGUUUGCUGCCAUCUGCUUUGCGGGAGCUACCUACCUGUUUUUUGUUCUGCCUGAAACAAAAAAUAAGACAUUUAAUGAGAUCAGCCAGGCAUUUGCCAAAAGCAAUAAAGCAUCUUUAGAAAUGCAAGAAGUGAACCACUACCCAGCAGAGGGGAAAUCGAGUGCAGAACAAGAAUCAAACUUCACGACUUCGGUGGACAAUGGGGAAACCAAAAAACGGAUUAUGUAA